AGGAGUGGAGUUUGGAUGCUUCGGUGGAGCUGGCUGCUGCUGUUCUCACAAAUUCCCCAUAAGUUCUUCGACCAAGUUUCACUGCAGAAGUGUUGGAAUAGCUGCGACAGAGAUGGAGCUUUCGACAGCCCGGGUCUGCUGUGUUCUGUUGAGCCUCUUCACAGGCUUGGCGUCAGGUUUGGAGAUCAUAUCUACGGGGCCAACCUCCAUAGAGAAGGCCAGUGGUCAGAGCGUGAAGCUGGAUUGCCAGUUCACUCUGGCCCCAGAGGAUUCUGGACCGCUGGAUAUUGAAUGGAGCUUGCUGUCCUCUGACAACCAAAAUGAGGACAAAGUGGUGAUCCUGUACUCAGGUGACAGGGCCUAUGAGGACUACUACCCCCCCAUGAAGGGUCGAGUUCACUUCAACUCAGCUGACCCCAAGAACGGAGAUGCCUCCAUCAACCUGACAGGGCUUAAGUCGUCUGACUCGGGCACCUACCAGUGUAAAGUGAAGAAGGCUCCUGGUAUACGCAGCAGGAAGAUGCUGCUGAUCGUCAUGGUAAAGCCAUCCAAGCCCAGGUGCUACACUGAAGGCCCCACAGAAGAAGGCAAAGACAUUGUACUGAGGUGUACAACUAAUGAAGGAACCAAACCCAUGCAAUACAGCUGGGAGAGGACCAGUGACAGCAAGGUGCUGCCCGCCUCUGCUGUGUUGGAUCCUAUGGGAGGCACCAUUAAUGUGAGGAAUGCAUCUGCCAGCGCAUCUGGCACCUAUCGCUGCAUUGCCAGCAACCGUGUUGGCACAGAGGAAUGUAUCCUCUAUCUCAAUGUGACACCUCCCCCAAACACUGCAGGCAUCAUUGCUGGAGCUAUAAUUGCUGUCCUCUUGAUCCUCAUCAUUAUCGCCAUCAUCCUAUUCUGCUGUUGCCGUGCACGUCACAGGAAGAAGUACGAGAAGGAAAUCUGCAAUGAGAUAAGAGAAGAUGUGCCCCCGCCUAAAAGUCGCGUUUCAACAGCACGCAGCUUCACUGUGGGCAGCCAGCGCUCCUCCCUGGGCUCCAUGUCUCCUUCCAACCUGCAUGAGUAUGCCCUGAAACCCCAGUACGACAAGAUUCCCUCAUCAGAGGAGUUUGAGAGGCCUCCGAGCCACGCCCCUCUACCCCCUCCGUCUGCUGCCAAGAUGGCUGUCCCCAACCUCAGCCGCAUGGGGGCCAUCCCCGUCAUGAUCCCUGCUCAGAACAGGGAUGGCUCAAUCGUCUAGCAUGUCCUGUUCUUGCAAAAGGACCGUACAGUGAGGGAGGGAAUGGAGGAGGAAGGGAGUGGGACACAAGCCAAUGAAGAUGGAGCAAAAAGUCAGGAUGGCCUGACUUUUAGUUCAUUAUUUACAAAUGGGAUUAUCCUCCUUUUAUGAAGACCUGGCUCUGCUGUGAUGCUGACAAGAGAAUUUAAGUUGUACUGGAAUCACAACAGAGCACAAUAACUUUUUAUCAAAUACAAAAAAAAAAAAAGCUUUUAUGAAUUUUAUUGUCCUGGACUUCCUCACAGAAAAAAAUGAAUUAGUGUGGAUAUAAAGCAGGAUGGUCAAUAUACAAAUUAUAUUGUACAUAUGUGAACGCAUGUUUUGUUUUGUUUUUUUUUAAAUAUAGAUGGCCCUUACUUUAGAGAUGCUGUAUGUUAAAAACAGAUCCAGGCCCUGAUUGGCCCACUGUACAGCUCUGUGCAUGCAUGUAUGUUUAAAAUCGCAGCUGCGUGUGUGAAUGUAAGUGUGUGUGUGAGAAAUGUAUAAUUCAUUAAUUUUCUUUCAAUGCCUAUGUAACAGUAUGAUCAUUUUUCAGGCGAUCCAGUCUUUACUAGUUAGUUUUUUGAGGACUUAAAAGAAGGAAAUUCACAGAUUUAAUCCUUGAACCAAGCUGAAAAAUGUCUAUAUAGGUCAGCCGUUUUCUGUUGAACCGUUGUUCUGUUGUUUGAAUUGUCCUCUCUGUGUUUGGCUGGGCGGCUUAAGGGGCACAGGAUUGGUUGGUAGUGAAGGGGAGGUUCAGGCUACCACAACUUGUGAUUGGGUGGAUUAUUGCUUCUUGACUGAGCUUAAAAAGGACCACUGUCCAUCCCCCAACCCUUCUUUAGAGAUUUUAAUAGAGGUGUAUAGGGGAAUAAUAGGAGCAGCUGGACAACAAGGUUCACUGAGCAAUCAGCUUUGAUUGUGUUUGACUGUCAAAAGGCCCCUAACUCCAGUGACCAUGUAGACUUCCCCAAUCACACACACAUACACUCAAUUAGCAGGACAAGAGCAUCAAGUCACAUCAGAAGUGCCACAAAAGUAAUUCUUCCUAUUUGCAAUUGCUUUACAAGGAGUCAAUAUCGUGAUUAACCUUCUGUCUGUGGUCAAUAUGAACCCCUUCGUGGCUUUUCUGGCAUUAAUUGGCCCUUUAAUGAAAGAUAGAAAGCAUGGGGACAUUGAGAAAGAGCCCAAUGAGAGCCUUAGAAAUGCUGAUUACUGUUUCUGUGUGUACAUUACAACCGCUUUGCUUUGAGGUCACUUUGUGGUCACUCAGUUUGGUUCAGUCUUUCAGUGUAAGCUGUCAGUCUUUGCAGUCUGUGGGUUAUGUCAGCCACCCAUGCAUACCCUUUCAUUGUUUGGAAGCCCAGUAUAUCAUCCUGUGUAUUACUUCACAAGAAAACUGGUGUGAAUACUUAGCUUACUCUUUCUUUUUGCUGUGACGCCUUAUUCUACUCCUCAUUUCAGCCUCACACACCUUCCGUACCUCCUCACUGCUGGGUUUUAAUGACUUCUGUUGUGCCUUGUUGCCCCAGUUGUUUUGUAGCACGUCCACCAAUGUGCUAUGUGCAGUAGCAUCAUCCUGCAUAGCAAUCACUGCCACGAGAACAAUAUAACCAUAAUAAUCCAAACCCAGUGAACCUAUUGAUUGUUCUCUGCUGCCUUGAUUAGGUUGAGCCUAGGAUUUCCCACGCCCACUCACCCCAUACGAAUUCUCUUAUAGCUUAACAGAACUUUUAGCACUGUUGGGUUUUUCUGUUCCAAAACAUGACUUCAUGUAUGACUUUUUUUUUUAAAAAUUGUUUAUUUAAACUUCAGCAACUGAUGAGGUUUUCUUUUUUUUAAAUAACCUAAAUAGUUCUGGCCAUGUGUAUAAAUAUCCUGUCAAAGUAACCCUAUCUAAUCACAACACAAUUGAAUGAUAUAAAAACGAUGAUGUCUAUAUGGAUGUAUAUGUGGUGCUCUGUUAUGCUGUGCUUGGCAAAUCUAUAUCUAAAACAGAAGAGGAGGGGCUUGUCAGUGCAGUGCAGUGCAGUUGCUCUUUGGUACAUUUGUAAUUGAGUGUGUGAGCGUAUUUCAAGUUUUUGUGUGUGAAUUCUAGUGUCCAAAGAGAGGUGACAGCUGUAGAAACGUCUUGGCCCCUACACUUCAGAUUUGAUGUAACACCAAGAAAAAUGAGACCUGGGCCUGCCUUGACAAGAAAUUACAUCUGUCAGUUCUACUACAGUUCACAUGUGUAUGUGUGUGCGUGCAUGUGCGUGCGUGUGCGUAUUGUACAUGAGGGGAAUUUGUAGUCAGGAUGGGCCCCUGUAGAAUUCUAGCUAGACUCUUUACCUGCUGGUGAAGUGUACAGAGCUCAUAGAGAGAUGGUCCUGUUACUGUCCCUCUGUGCUCAGAACAUUAUUGACAACUACUACUAACAAUAUUAACUGUAGCUUUGACAUCAGCGUACUAAUACUGUAUGAUCUCCUUUGAGGUUUACACACUAUGUGAAAACCAUUUUUCUUUUUGUGUGUAUUUUUUGUGCUGUAUUUUGAAUAAUAAAAGUCCAUGAAGUGAAAAAAUA